CACUUCAAAGAAGAUUUACGCAGCUAGCCCUGAAUUUCCCAUACCUAUCUUCUUCAUCCAUUGGUGCAAUCGAUUCGAUUGGGCGAGUAAUCUUUCAUCUUGCAGGCUGUUCUGGUUCGAAUCUGUCUGCUGGUAUUCGAAUCUGGGAUCGAAUUCGCGGGCCGUAUCGCAAAGGACUUCACGGUUGUCGUUACAGCUUCAUCCCGUCUUGUCUUUUCGCCCUUUCGAUUCUCUGCUGCUGGUCGACUCAGCUUAAUUUGUCAUAGAACCUGCACGUCGAGAUCGACGUUAUAGAUUGUGAUUGAUCUGGGAAUCUGUUAAGAGAAAAUGGUGCAGAUGCUCUAAGAAGUACUCUGUGUAUACUUCUCUGUAUUCUCAUUGCACGCACCGCAUAAAAUUUUCAAAUCGAGUUAGGGAUAUCGCUAAUCGGAGUAGCAUGGCUGAUUUCCAGACCUCGACUCAUCGAGCCAAAUGGGUCUUCACGCCUGAACAGCUGGCGAAGAAGUAUAAAGCCGCCAAUCAGAAAGCCAUAGAGACACUGGAGAAGUGUGGAUCGACACGAUUUGAGGUAGAUGCUGAUGGGUCGAUGUCAUUCCCAGAUUCCAAAAAUAAUAAAAGAGAUAAUGCUGAAAAGCAUUCUCGUCCAAAGCCCCUUAAUAUUGAUGAGGAGCGGAUAAUGCGAGUAUAUUAUGAGUACAAAAUUCGUGAAGUAUGUGACGCCUUCUACUUUCCUCAUAAAAUCCAGGCAACAGCCCUCAUAUACUUUAAAAGGUUUUAUCUGCAAUGGUCGGUCAUGGAACAUGACCCCAAACAUGUAAUGUUGAGUUGUGUAUAUGCUGCUUGUAAGGUAGAAGAAAACCAUGUAUCAGCAGAGGAGCUUGGGAAAGGGAUCUCACAGGAUCAUCAAAUGAUUCUCAAUUAUGAGAUGGUCGUUUUUCAGAGUUUGGAAUUCGAUCUUAUUGUUUAUACACCAUAUCGCUCUGUUGAAGGUUUUAUCAAUGAUAUAGAGGAAUUCUCCCAUAUAGAGGGCGAACAGAUUCAGAUGCUGAAGGAUUUUCAUAGAACUGCAAUUGCAGAAGUUGAUAAAAUCAUGUUCACUGAUGCGCCACUUCUAAUCCCUCCUGGACAGUUGGCACUGGCUGCUUUGCGUAGCGCAAAUAAGGUGCAUGGGGUGGUCGACUUCGAAAGAUAUUUGAGUAACAUCCUCUCGCGUCAGAAUUCUGAACACACUAUUUCCGAGCUGUCCGGAUCUUUUGACGCGAUAGAUUCUUGGGUAAGUAAGUAUCAGUUCCCCUCUGGAAAGGAAUACAAGCACAUCGGUCGGAAACUAAUGUCAUGUUGGGGUCAAAGCUCACAUGACGAGAGUAAGAGGAAGGAGAAGAAAUCGAAGCAUAAGUCCCGAAAGAGUUCAAGUGAGAUGCAAAAUGGGUCUGAUCUUGCAGAAUAAAUAGCAGAGCGUUAUGAUUCAUGGCUGUACUAACUUUUCUGGGCCGUGAUUACAGGUAAAUGGACCUUGAUCUUUUGCGUUUGAAGUGGAUUGGCAUGUGGUAGAAAUUUAUGGCCGCCAAAGAGAAAUGUUCAUGCUACCACAUGUACAUGUAGGGAUGAUACAGGAUAUUUUGAUAUGUUGUGUUCCCAGGUGAAAGAGAGCAUAUUCUUAGGGAGCCUCCCAACGUUUUUUCUCCAGGAUUCAUGAAUUUUAUGGAGUGCACAGCAUGAUUCAACCAAUUCUGAGAGGAGAAAAAGAAAGAAUCUUGGUUUAAAAUAAUUUGCUUUGGAACCCUUUUUUCAAAAAUGUUGGGGAUCUCAGUUAUCCAGGUAAUCAAUCUUGAUCAUUGAUUGAUGUAAAUGUAAGGGGUCCACAAAACUUAAAGUAUAUCAAUCCAGGGAUAUAAUUGAUUAUUGGGACAAUUGAUCUCUCUUUUACUAAGA